ACUGGAGCAAGAUCACAGCCGCUCGCGUUGAUGGUCACUGUUGCUUCCGGCGCAGGUUUGGUUUUCUUUGGGGUUGCCAUUUCAACUAGACGGCCUCGGGGUAGGCCAGAUUUGGAUCCUCUGUCUCAUCUGCGUUGCAGAGGUGGGACCACCCCUCUUUCACAUAGCUCCGGUUCGCAAACACUCCGCCCCGCACAAAGAUGGCGCGGAGGCGGGCUGGGCCAAUGCGGAGUGGCGUUGCUCCCGGUUGCCUAGGUAACAGCCAAUGGGCAGCGGGAAUUGUGCCCAGUGCGGUCGCCCGGGAUGGCGGCGUCAAGUGGGGCAAGCGCUGGUGGAGGUGGCGGAGAGCAAGGUGGCAGCCGGGAGCCCAUCAGAGGAAAAGUCCGAGGAGCUGGAGCCCUGCGUCCAGGCGUGACGGUCAUCCCGAAAGGCUAGUCCCAGGCCGCAGGCAUGGUUUUGGUCAACUGAUGUUUGCAGAUGGUGGCACCUACCUGGGUCAUUUUGAGAAUGGGCUCUUUAAUGGCUUUGGGGUAUUGACCUUCUCAGAUGGUUCAAGGUAUGAGGGGGAGUUUGCCCAGGGCAAGUUUAAUGGCGUCGGAGUCUUCAUUCGAUACGACAACAUGACGUUUGAGGGGGAAUUUAAAAACGGCAGAGUAGAUGGUUUUGGCCUGCUGACUUUCCCCGAUGGUUCUCAUGGAAUCCCCCGCAAUGAAGGUCUCUUUGAGAACAACAAGCUGCUGCGGCGUGAGAAGUGUUCUGCCGUCGUUCAGCGGGCCCAGAGCGCCUCCAAGUCAGCCAGAAAUCUCACUGCCUGACAGCGCGGCGGGCACCAGCUGACAAGUAUUGGGUAAAGCCAGUGCGCCCCUUGUUGACUCGAGGUGAACAAAUGAACCAGAGCUGAGAUGAGUUGACAAUGACAGUGGAGCAGAGGUCUUGUAUGUGCCCUGUCACCUGCCAUUCCAGAACUGGACCGCAGAAAAGUGCUGAGGAUGCUGGCCAGCGGACGCUGCUCAGUCAUUGGUGGUUCUGUCUUUCCCUGACCCUUGUGUGCUGGAGGACAGAGGAACCGCCUCUUCUCACUGUUGAUACUCUGUUCCUAAGACCUCGGGUUACCCAGUGCAGCCUGCUGUGACCCUUCUGCUUCAUUUUCUGCCAAGUGAUACAAAACCUUCAUUCUGCUGCUUUUGGGGCAGGUGAUUCUACCCCACCUUAGGGCCAGUGCUCUGUGCCACCCUGGAGAAACAGGAAAAAGAUAGGGGUGGCUCAGUGGAGCAGCCCUGUGAAAGUCAAGGCCAGAGCUUUUCUUUUUUAAUUUUAUUAUUAUUAUUAUUAUUAUUAUUAUUUUGAGAUGGAGUCUCACUCUGUCGUCCAGGCUAGAGUGCAGUGGCGCAAUCUCGUCUCACUGCAACCUCCACCUCCCAGGUUCAAGCGAUUCCCCUGCCUCAGCCUCCUGAGUAGCUGGGACUACAGGAGUGCGCUACCACACCCGGCUAAUUUUUGUAUUUUCUUAAGUAGAGAUGGGGUUUCACCAUGUUGGCCAGGCUGGUCUCAAACUCCUGACCUUGUGAUCCACCCACCUCGGUCUCCCAAAGUGCUGGGAUUACAGGCGUGAGCCACCACGCCCAGCCUUUUAUUUUAUUAUUAUAAAAAAAUGAGCCAGGUCUUGCUAUGUUGCUCAGGCUUGUCUCAAACUCCUGGGCUCAAGCGAUGCUCCUGCCUGGGCCUGCCAGAGUGCUAGGAUUGCAGGUGUGAGCCACUGUGCCUGGCUGGCAGAGCUUUUCCGUAUGUUACUCCUCAUGCUAGUUAGAAUCAUAGCUCCAGGCUUUCACUUGGUCUGAUCAGACUGGUAUUCAUUCCUGCCUAUGCCCUUGAGAAGGAUUCGGUAAGAGUGCUAUUUCCUCCUCCCUUUAGAAGACAGACUGUCUUCCUUCACCAAGUUACAGCAGAUAAUCCCCAUGUGUGUGCCUCUCUCCUUCCUUAGAUGGGGAACAGGAUCCCUUUUUGGGGCAGUCAAGAAAAAAACUCACAUAAACAGUAAUCUUAUUAAUUGUAUAUGUGACUAACUCCAGGGAAAAGGGUAGAAUAUUUAGGCCAGUUCAGGCCCUACCAUGGAGUGAACUGAAUUCAUAGGGAUGGCUUGGGCUGACACAGUUUCUUCCCAGUGGACCGAUAAAUCAGACUCACCCAAACCCCUGGGGUUUUGGUAGAACUGGACCUACUCUAGGACUGUAGGGAACUAAAGGAGCAUUUGGCUCUCUGUAGCUCUUCUAUCAUGAGCCUUGACCGUCAGGCCGCAGUCAGACCUUACUGAUGGGAUCUCUGCAGUUUAUCACGGAGGCCUCCCGUUACCCUGGUACCCAAAUAUGUCCCCCACCUCUAGCCCCCUAGCCUCACACUAAAUGUCUCCUCAACAGCAGAUGGUGGUGGAAGUUAUAGCCGUGUGCCUCUAUUUAUUCUCUGAAUUGUACUGUAGAAAAAGGUGUUUAUAAAGAAUAAAGAAAUCACCAGAACUGCC